AGGUGGUGAAAUGAAAAAGGGCCAGGGGAUUAGUUUAGGAGUUAUGUUUAUCCAUCUUCAACUGUUUUUCUAAUAAGAUUGCCAGUGGAAGUUGAAUUUAACCUUAGGCUGCUGAUGAGAAUUAAGGUAGUCUACACCAAAAUUCGAAAUCGCGAUAUGGCUAAAUAUUCUAGGGGCUUACCUCUCUUCAUCAGCCAUUAAGUAUAGUGCUUUAGUGGGUUUGGAGUUAAUUUAACUCUUAUUUUAGCAUAAGCGGUGCUAAUCACUAUAUUCCGUCAUUUUUGCGACCUCUAUUAAUUUUGCCUUUAGGUUCUAAUUGCUAAUAAGCCACCCUUUUACUUUGUUGUGCACACACUAAUAUGUAUGUGGGUGUGUUCUACAUAUAUUGAGAAACUUCGUACACAGUUCAUUUCUUCGUUUCGGUUUCACGUUUUCAUUGUACUUAUAUUUUAUAGCCUUUAGUUUCGAAGACUCUUGGACAUUGCAUGAUAUUCACAGUAAUUAAAAAGACAGUUGUUUGCAACUGUCUCGUGAAUUUAAUUCAGUAUAAUUUACACAUGCAACGUUGGUCAACACCAUACGUUCAUCCGAAUUAUUUUAUAUAGCGUAUUCAUCAAUCAUUUUUUGUGACUAUGGAAUUCACUCUUACUAAACGUGGCGGCAGGAAAUUACUAUAUAAUGGGUACGCUUAUACUGUUGAUAAGAAGAAAAAUAAUAUUACAUACUGGAAAUGUGAAGAAAGAAAAACAUGCGCUGCAAGACUCAAAACAAUUGAUGAUGUUCUGCAGUAUGAUCCACCACCACAUUCUCAUCCACAAGAUGCCUGUAGAAACGUUGUUCUCAAAACAAUACAACAAAUUACAGCAGGAGCUAACAACACAGAAGUUGCGAGAACAAUAACUGAGAAUUGUACACCAGCUUUCCCCCAAGAAACAGCAAGUUCCCUACCCCAAAACGAAAAUCCAAACAGGAUAUGGCGACAAAUGGAAAUAUUUCAAACGAACAAAGCUGGAUCAUCAAAUAAAAACUUAUAUUUAAACAAAAAAAAGCAACCUCCCAGCUCUCCUGCUACAGUUCUUAUCUCAGACAGUGACCAUCCUCCAUCUCCACCUGCCAAAAUUCCUAAGAAGCAGACUUUUCCCAAGGAAUUUCAGGAAGAAAAUUUGAAAUUAAAGAAAAAUUGUCAAGAAAAUGAUUUUACUGACAGGCAAAAUAUUGGUCAUAUCUCUAAGAUGGCUGAAAAUUCUCAGAAACCUUCAAUCAAAAACCUUAUCUGUGUGGUUGAGGAGUCAGAAAAUAUGCCAGAUCCAGUUCAUUUCUCUACCUUUCCAGUUCCAGUACCUACUACACAACCAAAGACCUUUGAAAUACCACAGCCUCAAGGGAAGAAAAUAUUUAUUCUUGCUGAUCAUCAGAAAAAUGUAAUGUCCAGCCUGGCAUUGCUAUGGAAGAGUGGAAAAUUAUGUGAUGCUAGUAUUGACAAUGGUUUAUCUACAGUGAUGGUACAUAAAGUUGUCUUAUUUGCUGUAUGUCCUAAACUGUUGUCAGUAUUUGGUGCAGAGAUGCUCUCUCAGAACUUUCUCCACAUUAACUUACCACAGGAAGUUAGCACAAAAGCCUUAGAUGCUUUUGCUGAUUAUAUGUAUAAUGGGAUUCUAGAUCUUGAUCUAAAUAUUUUACAUCAAUUAAAAAUCAUUGCAAAACGUUUGGAAAUGAAAGAAUUUGAACAACUGUGUGAUAGUCAACUGCCUAAUACAACACAUCAGCAACCUAUUACAGCUACUAAUGCAUUUGUUGCAUCCAACCCAAUGACAGAUAAUGUAUCUGUGUCACAAAAUGUUACAACACCAGUUCAGCUUUCUCCACGUUUCUUUUCAAUAUCAUCCAGUGGUAUUAAUGACAAGAUUUCAAGAGCUGAAUUAUUACCCAAAGAAAAUAGAGUUACAUUGUUUGGAAACAACUCUGAGGUUGCCUUAUUAGAUAACAUAGAUAUCAAUUCCUCUGGUAAUUUUGUCAUGGCUCCCACAGUGAAGAAUGAACCUAUGGAACCUGAGGAAAGCAGAUAUGAGCAUAGUAAGUUCUAUUCAUCCAUUCCAGUUUCAAACAGUUCUCAGACACGAAGCACCAUGCUGAACUGUAAGGAUGCAUCCACUUCAGAAUUUGUUUUACCAUUGUUAGAUACCACACACAGCAAAGCAAUAACAAAUGUGACACGUGGAACAUCAUCUAAGUUAAAAUCUAAUACAUUUGAAAGCUCUUUACAUUCUAACUUAGAAUUUGCAUUGCAUACUGAAAAGAAAAUGUGUUUCCCAUCUAACCCUGUAAGAGAAAACCCUUCUAAACCACAAAAUCGAACUAUAACAAUUCAGUCAUUUGAUAACAUGGCGACAUCUGGUGGCAAUAAAAGUGUGUAUCCUGCAGGACAUUUUACAGCUGGAAGGAACAGAAAACAAUUAUCAUCAGUGCAACUGCCAGUAUGAAGAUGCUGGUUUCUAUAGAACAGAUGACCUUACUUGAUAUCAUGAAAAAAGAAUGGAUUAUGUCAAGUUUUUUUAAGUAUAUGUGCUAUUUUGUAUGUGUAUCAUGAUUUUAUGUCCAUGAGCUGGACGGUUCAGUGGGAUCUAACAGGUUGGAAAACCACAUCUUGUUAUUGUGGCUCAAUUUUUGACAUGGUUUCUAUGCUGGCUGCCCUUCCAAUCAUCAACCACAUGGCACCAGCACUAGUGAAACUAAAGACCCUAGUCUUCCAUGA